AUGGAACCAAUUGACGAAGAAGCUGAAUUUGAUAUCGGUUUUGAUGUUAACGGCAGUGAGACCAAUGCUGCUGAUGAUGUUGAGGUUUCAAUCAAUGGUGGAACUGACACAACUGGCAUACAAGAAGGUGAUGAAGCAUCUCCUGCAAACAAAGGGGUGCGAAAGAAAAGAAGGUUAACAUCUUCAGUUUGGCAUCAUUUUCGAAUUCUGCCCCAGAAACCAAAUGAAAAGCUUCACUGUGAAUGUAAAAAAUGUGGUAAGAAAUACUUGGCUAGAAGUGAGAAUGGCACAGCUGAUUUGAAGGCUGCCCUCUUUGCUCUUUAUGAUGAGUACUUGCUAGCUUCACCAUCUAAUUCAGGUCAGGUAUCAUCAUCUUGUUUUUCUGGUAGUAAUAAUGAGCAUCGAAGAGAAACUGAAGGGAGUCAUACUUCAACUUUAAUGAUGGUAAAAUUGGAUGAAUUAAACUUGGAAGAGUUGACCAGAGACAUAAUGAACUUGAAUAUCAACAAUGGUGGUGGUGUUCCAUUGAUUGAAGGGGGAAGUUCUAAUACAACUUGA